AUGGCAAUGGCAACUGUCAGCGCAACGCCCAAUCCUACUACUAGUAAUCCCAAUACUACAACUAUUGCAACUUCUUUGGAAGAACACGAGCACGAAUUUCAAUAUCUAAACAAGGAACAAGAAGCCUACUCUGGCAAUAAAGUAUCCGAGGAUGACCAGGAUAAUGUCCAGGAUAAUGAUGAUGAUGAUGACGUCUCUCCGGAUGACAUAUUGGCCCAAUUGAAUGCCGCCGAACAAAGCAGCAUCCAUAUGAUGAACAACAAAACAAACAAUAACGAAGCCUCUGUCAUGACUCCCGCCACGUCUACCACGACCCCCACCAAAGACAACAAGACUGCAUUGUUGUCGUCGUUGUUGUUGGAACCUCCAGCAGCUCCCAUGAAACAACAGCGGGAAGAAUUAUUUCAAUAUUACGAUGCCGAUGAGGAAUCGGUGGAGAUUAGUCAUUUGAUUCCAAAAGAAGAGGCACCCCCGUCUCCCAUUCCGUACAUUCCUGAAGAAGAAGAAGAGGAAGAUUAUGUGGUGGUGAUGCAAGAACCAGCACAAGUGGAGGAGGGUCCCAUUGACGAACCCUUUGAUUGCAUGCCCGUGGACGAUUCCGAAGCAGGCAUUCUCAAGAAAUUGGAAAAGGUCGUACAAGAUUCCGAUCGUGUCUUGCAUCCCAAUCAGCCAUUGAAAGUUGCUGCUGCUGCUGCUGCCGAGAAUCACGAAAUGGCCAUUGGGAUGACACCCUUGCGAUCCGGUGAUCCCAUGCGUUCUCCUGGAACCAUGAGCGAUUGUGGGAAUUCCACCGUCACUGGUGGGACCGGUUUCACCAGAGCGUCGGUCAAAAUCAUGGGAACAAACAAGCGUCCCCAACAAGCCGUCAUGAAAUUGCGGGUCAACGAUUAUCAAUACGAACCAUUGGAAAAGGUGACCAAUCAGGUGGAAGAUUUGCCCUUUGAUGAAACCACCUCGCACAAUUUCAAGACGGCCUUGCGGAAUAUGAUUACCACGACGGCGGCCACGAUCCAAAAGGCGGCCGCCAAACAUAAUAAUACUCCCGAUACGACCAUGAUGGACGAUGCGGAUACCGACGACGAUGAUACUACGACUCUGGGUGGUGAGGACGACGACGACGACGAAUGGACGGCUGACGAUACUUCCAAAUACACCGACACCGAUGGAGACGAUACCACCACCUUGGGAGAUUCUACCGUCGAUACCGACACUCCCAUGGACGAAGCUCCGGGCAAUUUCAAAAAGAAAUCGGCAAAGGCCCGCCGUCGUCAACGACUCCUUGAAAAAUCGAGACAAAUGGAAAGCAAAUCGAAAGCAGACUUGGGAUGGGACGAAACCCUGUUGGAUGCCGUAUUCAGCCCAGAUGUCAUUGAAACGGGAUUGGAAAUGGCCGACUUUUUGCAAUCGGGAGCCGAAGCCACGGCCAAAAUGACCAAGAGCAUGCUGCAAGAUGCUGUUCGUAAACUAGAACAGGAAGAAAAGGCCUUGAAUGGUGAGGUUUUACAGGACGACGAUGAUGAUGAUGAUGGUGAUGAUGAUGAUGAAGAAGAAGAAACGGAUGCCGGAGAACGAGCCUAUCGAAGUGUUGCGGCAGCUGCUACUGGAUCCAACUUGCAAGGUAAUGAUAAUUAUGAUGAUUAUGGUGAUGAACAUGAUACCAUGGGUGAGGAAUACACCCUCGAAGAUGGUGAUACUACCACUCUUCAAGAUGGUGAUACUACCACUCUUCACGAUGGUGAUACUACCACUCUUCACGAUACCGAGAAUGGGGAUGCUUCUGCUGCUGCUUCUGCUGCUGCUACCAGUGUCAAGGAUCCAUGGGACAAUCACAACAACAACAGCAACAACAGCAACAAGAAAAAGAAAAAGAAGGAACCCAAAUUUGCCGAUCUCUUGCAAAAGGGAAUCCCAUUGGUCAAUCGCAAAUUGGAGCGAAUCGUCAAUGAUUGGAGGGCUUCGAGUAGUAGUAGUACUGAUAAUCAGUCUACCAAAACAGACGAUGCCAUUGCUCAAGAGAAGAAUACUCCUACUCUAGCUCCUGCUGAAGAUCGUGUUUCAGCAGCAGCAGCAGCAGCAGAGACUACUACUACAGAUGAUGUUGCUUUGGCCGAACCAAAGGAAGAAGAAGAAGGGGCGGCAACAACACCACCACCAACAACAACAACUUCUGCCGUCGAGGAACCAUCAGUGGACAAUAAUAAGGCAAUGGCCACCGAUGCUGCCAGCACACCUGACAAAUCAGCUCAAGCAGUAGCAGAAGCAGUAGCAGAAUCAGAAGAAGCAACCGAACAAGAACAAAAGGAAGCAGAAGAGACAUCCAGUGCCAUGGCACAAAUGGAAAUGGAAGAUCCUCAGGCUUUGGAAGACGAAGAAGAAGAAGAGGCAUCGGCUGGAGAAUCGUUGCUCUCCAUGGACAAGCCUACCAAGCGAUUGUCUGUCUAA